GUCCGAGGCCUCCUCCCCGCCCUGCUCCCGCGGCCGGCGCGGCGGGCAUGCGGGCGCGGCCCGCGCGCGCGUGAGAGGAUGGGGACGCAGGGCAGCCCGGUCAAGAGCUACGACUACCUGCUCAAGUUCCUGCUGGUGGGCGACAGCGACGUGGGCAAGGGCGAGAUCCUGGAGAGCCUGCAGGACGGCGCGGCCGAGUCCCCGUACGCCUACAGCAACGGAAUAGACUACAAGACGACCACCAUCCUGCUGGACGGACGGCGGGUGAAGCUGGAGCUCUGGGACACUUCUGGCCAAGGCAGGUUCUGCACCAUCUUCAGGUCCUACUCGAGGGGUGCACAGGGCAUCCUCCUAGUGUAUGACAUCACCAACCGCUGGUCCUUUGACGGCAUAGACCGGUGGAUCAAGGAGAUCGAUGAGCAUGCACCUGGGGUUCCCCGGAUCCUGGUUGGGAACCGGCUGCACCUGGCCUUCAAGCGGCAAGUCCCAACAGAGCAGGCGCGUGCCUACGCAGAGAAGAAUGGCAUGACCUUCUUUGAGGUCAGUCCACUGUGCAAUUUCAAUGUCAUCGAGUCCUUCACCGAGCUGUCCCGCAUCGUGCUCAUGAGGCAUGGCAUGGAGAAGAUCUGGAGGCCCAACCGAGUGUUCAGCCUGCAGGACCUCUGCUGUCGGGCCAUUGUGUCCUGUACCCCCGUGCACCUCAUCGACAAGCUCCCAUUGCCGGUCACCAUCAAGAGCCACCUCAAGUCCUUCUCCAUGGCCAAUGGCAUGAACGCCGUCAUGAUGCACGGCCGCUCCUACUCGCUGGCCAGCGGGGCAGGAGGCAGCAGCAAGGGCAACAGCCUCAAGAGGUCCAAGUCCAUCCGCCCGCCCCAGAGCCCGCCCCAGAACUGCUCCAGGAGCAACUGCAAGAUCUCGUAGCGGGCAGGCUGGGUGCCCGCCGUCCGGUGCGCUCUGCGAGGGCUCGCGCUUGGGGAACGCGUCUGGCCGGGCGCCGUGUCAGGGAGGGCUGUGGCCACGCCGCCUCCCGGGGAGCGUGGGGGUACGCAAUGCAGCCGGUGGUCGCAGCCAGACAGGUCCCCCGGGGCCCCACGGUGCGGUGCGGCUGGGAGGCAUCCCGGGGGUGGCCCUGCCCGGCCCCAGCCUCCAGGGGGCUGCCUGAGGACCCGGGAGCCUGGCGCCCGUCCUUCCUCCUUUAUACGGAAGAUGUUCACCUUUUUGUACAUGUGUAACACGCAGGCAGGGCGGCCUCCACGCGGCUGCAUGGGGAGCCCUGUCGGCGGUGGGGUUGGGGCAGGCUUUGGGCAUGUGGAGAGGGAGGGGUUUGAGGCAGAGGUAGAGAGGAGUCCUGGUCAGGGCUCCAACCUUGGAAUUCACAGACACUUCACGCGGGGUGUGUGGGCUGGG